AUGUUCAAUUGCUCACUCAAGCAGACAGCGCUGUCACAGAGGCGAAACCUGCUUUUCGUGGCCUAUAGUCAUCAGAUUUACGUUUGGGAACCGGCUGGUCCGCGACAGGUCCUCGGCAGAAAGCCAGCGAUGAUUAUUACACCUGUGAUGAGGGAUCCCGAUGCAGAAGGAUACAUCUCCAGUCGAUUUCCGCACGGCAUCAACAAUAUACUCGUUGAUGACCUCGGCCGAGACGAAAUAUUGCUUCUAGCUACUGACUCUGGAAAUGUCUGUGGCUAUCACGUUGAGAACAUAUUUUCAUAUAUCAAAGCUGCCAAGUCACGCGGCGAGAAAUUUCCUAUACUCGAACCCCGAAUAGACCCCUUUUUCUGUGAGAGUGUUGGUUUGAGUGCAUGGGGGCUGGCCGUCCAUAAAUUCGCACGUUUAAUAGCUGUCGCCGCAAAUACCGGAACGAUAACUGUAUUCGCUUUUGCGCUCGCCGAGGCAGAUGCCGAGUCUGAUGAUGAUCCAGCAGGUUUCUGGGCAGAUUUAUCUAUGAGCUUUGAGCAGAAUUGGGUUCAUAUUCAAAACGAAGAGGAUUUUGCGACGUUACACGAAUUAUAUCGAGAGAAUCGUCAUCGCUCUCGUAAUGUGAGGAUUUCAUUUCAGGGCCAUUACACGAAUAUUCCCUCGGUGUCCUUUCUCAGCAGUGAUCUUGACUCCGAUGGAAUGUGGAUGGUCAGUACAGAUAUCGAGAACAAAGUGUUCGUUUGGACCAUUUGGGACAAUCUCGACCCUGUCAGGGUGCUUCAGUUUGCGGAAGGAGAGCCACUGUCAGGUAUACUGCGAGAAGAGGAGCGUGGAUGGAGUGUACUAGCGCUAGAUCCGCGAAGCUUCCGUGUGCAUCAAUCAUAUUUUGAAGCAUUUGGUGGCAAGGUGUAUCUUCGGCCGUUUCAGCCCAGUAAUGCUGUUUUGGAUGUGACGAAUCUUGCUUUGGACGUUCCGGAUUCGUCCUCCGUGUUUGUUCCUGUCUUUCCGAUUGUGGAUGAUAGUCCAGAGGAGCCAGUGCUCCCGGAUAUGUUUGACAGGCACUCGCGUAUCAGGUCAGACAGUUCUUCACUCAGUAGUGAAGAAAGUUUAUCGCCCAUUUCUAUUACUGAUACUUCUAUCGCGGAGCAAUUUAGUCAGAGCAAGAAGUCCGCGGGUGCAUUCACCCAAAACCAGGAAACGACCACUAACACUGAUCAACUUCCGCAACAGAGCGGGCAGCAUUUAUCCAAUGAAUAUUUCACGUCUUUACUGCGUUCAAUCAUGGCCGAGUCAUCUUCCCAAGACGCCAACGAUGAGGACACCGGGAUGGUCUCGGCGAAUAGCGACAGUGAGAACGAAUUGGAUGAAUCGGAUGAAGAUGUAUCCAUAGGUUCGGAAGCAGUCUACCGAGACACUUCCAACCCACGCGACCCAAGUAAUCUACGCCCAUUGCUCAACUUGGACCUACUUGACACGGAUGUCUACCCCCUCAACCCAUAUUCUUCCUCAGAACACAUAUGCUCGGAAUUUCCAAUCCUACACUUUUCCGAAACAGAUAUCCGACUUUUGGAAGGUCCAUUCGUGGACCAUCCUUCUGUCGUAUCAGGUGGACCGUUGCGACAGCAGCUCCCUCGCAGUUUUUGGUCUCUCCAUUCAUAUGACAGAUUCAAUAUGGUAAAAUACCUGCCUGAGGCUGGUAUUGUUAUUGCAGCAACGCAAAAAGGCCGUGCAGCGGUUAUCACGUUGACACAGGUCGCUAAUCGGAUCUAUGCGCUUCGCAUCAACUGGAUGAUUCCUUUUGCAUCUCAAGAGAAACGUGCUGAGCGUCCGCAGGUAGGAUUGCUCGGUCUGGCUGUUAGUCCGAUGCAAGGCUUCGAGAAACAGCCGGAUGUAGUCCACGUGCCGCAKGGGGCUMCCAGCCACAACGACUUUUCCUUCCAUUAUCGAGCACAUGGAGCCGAGUCAAUCGACGCCGACCAGAACUGGGAAUGGCAGUAUAACAGCGAAACAGAUUCCGAAGAGAGUGAGGAGGACGGUUCUUUUUCCUCAUCUACUUGUGUCCCAGAACUCUCAUUUGCUGAAAGUCACGGAACAGCGAACUGGAACUAUAUGCCGCAGGAACGGUGGCAUGGCGUCAUGUCGUCUCGGCACUAUCGCGUUCUGCUUACAUAUGCUGAUCACACGGUGAUGAGCUAUGAAUUUUGGUACGAUUGGACCGAUAUUGCGGUGGGCGUGUCGUCUGCUGGUCGAGACGAAGCAAAAAAAGAAGACUACGAACGUGAAUUAGAGGAGCGAUCUGAAAGCAACCGUCAAGAUCAUCUCUUAUUGUAA